AUGGAUGGUAAUCACAGUGUGCUGGCUGGAAGCACACAGCCGUCUGUGUCGGGAGACCAGACAGAGGGACACAUUUAUGAGGUUGCGGUGCAGAGCAACUCCACCAAUCACAGCUCCCAGUUUGCAGAUGUGGCCCUGCUGCAAAAGUUCAAGCCCCUCAUCAUCCCUUGUUAUGUGCUUGUGGUGGUGGUGGGUGUGUUUGGGAAUUACCUGCUCCUCUAUGUCAUCUGCCGAACCCGCAAGAUGCACAAUGUCACCAACUUCUUCAUCGGAAACCUGGCCUUCUCUGACAUGCUCAUGUGUGUGACUUGCGUCCCGUUCACUCUCGCGUACGCCUUCAACCCACAUGGAUGGGUUUUUGGCCGCUCAAUGUGCUAUCUGGUGUUCCUCAUCCAACCAGUCACGGUCUAUGUUUCAGUCUUCACGCUCACUGCUAUUGCCGUGGACAGAUAUUAUGCAACAGUUCAUCCCUUGAAGAAGCGCACCUCUGUGGCCACCUGUGCGUCAGUUCUCACUGGCAUCUGGCUGCUGUCCUGUGGGCUGGUAGCUCCAGCAGUGACCCACACCUACCAUGUCGAGUUCAAAGAGGAAGGCUUCACCAUCUGCGAGGAGUUCUGGUUGGGACAAGAGAAAGAAAGACGUGCCUAUGCAUACAGCACUCUGCUGGUCACGUAUGUCCUGCCGUUAUCAGCCGUCUUUGUUUCUUACCUCUGCAUCACUGUCAAACUGAGGAACUGUGUUGCACCAGGCCACAGGACACGAGACCAGGCAGGUGCUCAACAAGCUCGGAAGAGAAAGAUCUUUCGUUUGGUUGCACUUCUGGUGUCUGCCUUCGCAGUGUGCUGGCUUCCUAUUCAUGUAUUCAAUGUGCUGCGUGACAUAGACAUUCACCUCAUUAACAAGCGCUACUUUUUGCUCAUACAACUUCUGUGCCACCUGUGUGCCAUGAGCUCCUCUUGCUGUAAUCCUUUCCUCUAUGCAUGGCUUCACGACCGCUUCCGCACUGAGUUACGGAAGAUGUUCAAGUGCCGCCAUCGCAUUGGAGUGCCUGCCAAUCACUGCGCUGCCAGUGUGGUCCUGUAG